GGGAAGUGAUGACUUAGAGUAAUCUGUUUUUCUUUUCAUGCAGACACCACAGUCAGCACAUCGACUUGCACCAUGAACAACACAUACCAGCUGUCUUCUCAAGAGGAAAUGGCCCCUUCACAGUUUGAUGGUGGGACAGUGGUGUCGUGUGUGAUCCUUGGUUUGUCCUUCCUGGCUGGAGCUCCUGGGAACCUGCUGGUGAUCUGGACCAUCCUGAGACAUGUUGAAAAGCGCUCUCACACAGUGGUGAUUAUUCUACACCUGGCUGUUGCGGACCUGCUUGUCCUCAUCACCCUGCCUCUGUGGAUCUACUCUCUGGCCCACUCCUGGAUAUUUGGGGUGGUAUCUUGCAAAGCCAUGGUGUUCAUGAUCAACACGUGUAUGUACAGCAGCGUUUUCCUCAUCACCCUCAUGAGCGUGGAGCGUUUUGUGGCUGUGCGAUAUCCCUUUGCUUCAGCUCACUGGAAGAGGAAACAAGCUCUAAAUAAAGUACUGCUGGUUCUGUGGAUUGCAGCACUCUUGUUCAGCAUACCUGUCAUCCCAACUCAGACUGUUGACAAAGAUUCUGGUAAGGAUAGCUGCCUGUACCGUGAAUAUACUUCGGUGACCCAGGAACUGGUGUGUGUCUUGUUAGAGACACUGGUUGGCUACAUAAUACCCUUCUCCAUCCUUGUGGUCUGCUAUGGCUGCCUCUGCAGCCGGAUUACUCGGAUGACUCUCAAAUCCAAACGCAAGUCCACCAUCCUGAUCGCCAGUGUCGUGGUUGCAUUUGGCAUUUGCUGGACACCUCAUCACAUAGGAAAUAUCCUCUCGCUGAUCAUCCUGGGAACUGAAAACUCCUACAAGGAUGUAGCAGAACAUUUGGAAAACGUGAGGACCACUAUGGUUUUUGUCACUGGAGCCAUGGCCUUUAUCAGCAGCACAGUUAACCCCAUCCUCUACAUGUUUGCAGCUCGCUCCUUCAGGAGCUCCCUCCGUGACACAGGCAUCCAGAAGCUCUUCCGCCACAUCUCGAGCACCUCCCCAGGUGAGGGCAACAGGGAGGUGUCCUAUGUGUCCAAGAGACCCAGCAAUCAGACCAGCACCUCUCAUGUGCUAUCUGAGUCAAAAGAUCAAAUAGGUGUGUUGAUGACAAUGUGUGAAAACAAUCCAUCUGGGCAGUGAAAUUGAACAAUGUCUGUUUGGUCUGUGUAGAUACUCCUGUGUACUCAGUAUUCUUUUUCUGAAUAAAAUAAAUGUUGAAACACUGAUGUUUAUUUGUAUGAAAUUGCAACAAAAAAUAACAAGUAUAUCUGUGCUACACUUGCCUAACUUAAUAAAUUACCAAUUUUGCAUGUUUGUAUUGUGAAUAUAUUUAUAGAAAUGCUAUACGUUUUGUACUAAAUGUCCAUAAUGACAUGGGCCAAAUAACCAAUAAAAAAUUCUUUAUGUAAA